UAUCUAGAGAUCUGUAAUAGUAUCUAUAAUCAUGACCUUUUAGAGGAUUUAUCAGAUCAUCUAAUAUCUUUCCAGCUUACAGAACAACAAUUAUUAAAUAUUAAAGAAAUGUCUAUCUCCAGCUCACACCCUCAGGAAAUUAUAUCUACCCUCUGUCAAAAUGAUCUAUCAAUCUUAGUUAUAAGUAAAGAUAUUUAUAAUGCAUGUGAGCAGCUUUGCCAACAAAAUUUGGCAAGUUAUUUCUCUGUUGAG